CUGUAACUUCCAUCUCCAUCUCCUUCUCUUUCAUCUCACUCUACGAAUCUCUCAACACCAUUGUAGAUCACACAAAAAUGGCGGAGGCAGAGACGUUUGCUUUCCAAGCUGAGAUCAACCAGCUUUUGAGUCUCAUCAUCAAUACUUUUUACAGUAACAAAGAGAUCUUUCUCAGGGAACUCAUUAGUAACUCUUCUGAUGCACUGGACAAGAUCCGUUUUCAGAGUUUGACUGACAAGAGCAAGCUAGAUGCCCAACCUGAACUUUUCAUUCACAUCAUCCCCGAUAAGACCAACAAUACCCUCACAAUCAUUGACAGUGGUGUUGGUAUGACAAAGGCUGAUCUUGUGAACAACCUUGGUACAAUUGCUAGGUCUGGCACCAAGGAAUUUAUGGAGGCCAUUGCUGCUGGUGCUGAUGUAAGCAUGAUUGGGCAAUUUGGUGUUGGUUUCUACUCUGCUUACUUGGUCGCUGAAAGGGUUGUUGUGACCACAAAACACAAUGAUGAUGAACAAUAUGUUUGGGAAUCUCAAGCUGGUGGUUCGUUCACUGUUGCAAGAGAUACAUCUGGUGAGGACCUUGGCAGGGGUACCAAAAUUACCCUCUUCCUCAAGGAGGACCAACUUGAAUACCUUGAAGAGCGAAGGCUCAAGGACCUGAUUAAGAAGCAUUCUGAGUUCAUCAGCUAUCCAAUCUCUUUGUGGGUUGAGAAGACCAUAGAAAAGGAAAUCUCUGAUGAUGAGGACGAAGAGGAGAAGAAAGAUGAGGAAGGAAAGGUAGAGGAGGUUGAUGAAGAAAAGGAGAAGGAAGAGAAGAAAAAGAAGAAAAUUAAGGAAGUCUCUAAUGAGUGGUCAUUGGUGAAUAAGCAGAAGCCCAUAUGGAUGAGGAAGCCUGAGGAGAUCACAAAAGAGGAGUAUGCUGCAUUCUACAAGAGCCUGACAAAUGAUUGGGAAGAGCAUUUGGCUGUCAAGCACUUCUCUGUUGAGGGUCAGCUGGAGUUCAAGGCUGUUCUUUUUAUUCCAAAGAGAGCUCCUUUUGACCUCUUUGACACCAAGAAGAAGCCCAACAAUAUCAAGCUGUAUGUUCGCCGUGUGUUCAUCAUGGAUAACUGUGAAGAAUUGAUUCCUGAAUAUUUGAGCUUUGUGAAGGGCAUUGUGGAUUCCGAGGACCUUCCCCUCAACAUCUCUAGAGAGAUGUUACAGCAGAAUAAGAUCCUGAAGGUUAUUCGCAAAAACUUGGUAAAGAAGUGCAUUGAGCUAUUCUUUGAAAUUGCUGAAAACAAAGAAGACUAUGACAAGUUCUAUGAGGCCUUCUCAAAGAACCUCAAGCUUGGUAUCCAUGAGGAUUCACAGAAUAGGUCUAAGUUUGCUGAACUGCUGAGAUAUCACUCCACAAAAAGUGGUGAUGAGAUGACCAGCUUGAAGGACUAUGUAACCAGGAUGAAAGAAGGCCAGAAUGAUAUUUAUUACAUUACUGGUGAGAGCAAGAAGGCUGUUGAGAACUCACCCUUCCUUGAGAAGCUGAAGAAGAAGGGUUAUGAGGUUCUUUACAUGGUUGAUGCUAUUGAUGAGUAUUCAAUUGGUCAAUUGAAGGAAUUUGAGGGUAAGAAGCUUGUUUCUGCUACCAAAGAAAGCCUCAAGCUUGAGGAGACUGAAGAUGAGAAGAAAAAGCAUGAAGAACUGAAGGAGAAGUUUGAGGGUCUGUGCAAGGUGAUUAAGGAUGUUCUAGGUGACAAGGUUGAGAAAGUGGUGGUCUCUGACCGUGUUGUGGAUUCUCCUUGCUGCUUGGUUACUGGAGAAUAUGGUUGGACUGCCAACAUGGAGAGAAUUAUGAAGGCACAAGCUCUCAGGGACUCUAGCAUGGCUGGAUACAUGUCUAGCAAGAAGACCAUGGAGAUCAAUCCUGAGAAUGCCAUCAUGGAUGAGCUCAGGAAGAGAGCUGAUGCUGACAAGAAUGACAAGUCCGUCAAGGAUUUGGUUCUACUGUUGUUUGAGACUGCUCUUCUCACCUCAGGUUUCAGCCUUGAUGAGCCAAACACAUUCGGCAACAGAAUUCACAGGAUGCUGAAACUUGGUCUGAGUAUCGAUGAGGAUAGUGGAGAUGCUGAAGCUGACAUGCCAGCAUUGGAGGAUCCUGAAGCUGAUGCCGAAGGCAGCAAGAUGGAGGAAGUUGAUUAAAUCUAGGACACCAGUGUUUUGUUUUGAUUAUUAUGAAGCCCUUAACCCCAGUAGUUUUUGUUUUUUUUACUCAGCUCCACCAGCUGGACAUAUAUGAUUGAGUUUUAUGUUUUGGUUUUAUUUCUGCAUUGUAGGGUAGUAUUCAUUGGCUCAUUUUGUUACAACGUUUUAUGUGACUAUAGAUUCUGUACUUUGCCUAA